AUGCAUCUCUUCCUGCUGUGUCUCUUUGGGGCCUGGGGCCUGGCUGCCCCUGAGCACUAUGCUGUGGAGGACGUCUGCACCGCAAAGCCGCGCGACAUCCCGGUGAACCCCAUCUGCAUCUAUCGCAACCCCGAGAAGAAGCUCCAGGAGGAUGAGGGGCAAGAGCCAGCCAAGGACAAGAUCCCAGGGUCUACCAACCCCCGGGUCUGGGAGCUGUCCAAGGCCAACUCACGCUUCGCUAUCAAUUUCUACAAGUACCUGGCUGACUCCAAGGACAACAAGGAAAACAUCUUCAUGUCACCCCUCAGCAUCUCCACAGCCUUCGCCAUGACCAAGCUUGGAGCCUGUGACAGCACCCUCCAGCAGCUCAUGGAGGUCUUCCACUUUGACACCAUUUCAGAGAAGACAUCAGAUCAGAUCCACUUCUUCUUUGCCAAGCUGAACUGUCGCUUGUACAAGAAAGCCAACAAGUCCUCAGAGCUGGUGGCAGCCAAUCGCCUCUUCGGGGAGAAAUCUCUGGUCUUCAACGAGACUUACCAGAACAUCAGUGAAAUAGUCUAUGGAGCCAAACUUUGGCCAUUGAACUUCAAAGAGAAGCCAGAACUUUCCAGGCAGAUCAUUAAUGAGUGGGUGGCUAAUAAGACAGAGGGACGCAUUACAGAUGUGAUCCCAGAACAAGGUAUUAAUGACCUCACUGUCCUGGUCCUGGUCAACACCAUUUAUUUUAAGGGGCACUGGAAAUCACAGUUCCCAGCUCCAAACACAAAACUGGAUGCGUUUCAUAAAGCCAAUGGGGAGACCUGCAAAGUCCCAAUCAUGUACCAGGAGGCCAAAUUCCACCACGCAUUCAUCCCCCAGGACAAGGUGCAGGUGCUGGAGCUGCCUUACAAAGGGGAUGAUAUCACCAUGGUGCUGGUCCUGCCCACUGUUGGGACACCACUGGAGGAGGUGGAGCGAGAUCUGACGCCGGAGAAGCUGCAGGGCUGGAUGGACUCCAUGAAGGAGGUGUCUCUCUUUGUCUACCUCCCUCGCUUCCGUGUCGAGGACAGCUUCAGCCUCAAGGAGAAGCUGAGAAGAAUGGGGCUGGAAGAUCUCUUCAGCCCGGAAAACGCCAGACUCCCAGGUAUCAUCGCCGAGGGCCGCACAGACCUGUACGUGUCUGAGGCUUUCCACAAAGCCUUCCUCGAGGUGAAUGAAGAAGGCAGUGAGGCAGCAGCUGCUACAGCCAUCACCAUCGCUGGCCGUUCCUUCCCCAUGAACAGAAAGAUCUUCAAUGCCAACAGGCCCUUCCUGCUUUUCAUCCGGGAGGCUGCCCUCAACUCCAUCAUCUUCAUGGGCAGGAUAGCUGAUCCUUGCUCCUAG